GUUAAAACCCGGAAUUUCAGUAAUUAACCGAUACCUAGUAAACCGUGAAGCACGUAUUCCGGUGAUAUUUUACGUAACAUAAGCAUUUUCUGCAUCGAAUGUUUCUAAACAUUGUUUCAUUAAUCAAACUAUGAUUAUGAUAAUUCAUAAUGAAUUUCCAAUUUUUUUCUUCAAAUAGAUAGAUCAUUGCGCAACCAUCUGUCCAUUUAUCACCUCUUUUAUUCUCUAUUCUAACAUCGAGUAUGAAAUCGAAAUAAACAAAAUUAACAAAACCAUCGAAUAAGUUACUCGAAAUAUAUUUCUAUUCCAUCAACGAUAUUUUAUCAUUUUUCAAACAUCUUUAUCACCUGGUUAUUUGUAUACAUAAAGCUUGCAUGCCAUAAGUUUUCGAAGUGGACAAUGGUUAUUUCAUGGCGGACGACAAUGUUUCACGUGAAAGCUGCAUGGCACGAUCUAACAUGGUAGAACUAGUGUGGCCUGCUGAAAGUCAAGAACUUAAGAAGGAUCGAACCUUCCCCUCUCCGUUCUGUUUCACUUCUCCCACUGCCCCUUCGAUGGUCAACGGGGACAGAGGCAGAAAGUCUGUGGCAUACGUUUACCUUGGAAGACAGUUGCUGCAGCAACAGAACAGUCUGUGAUCGUUUGACGAUGUGCUAUAUUGCCAUUUGACACGUGUCGAUUCGCGAUUUUUUUUACUUAAUCGUGGUCGCGAAAUUAACUAGUCACAUAUAAUUAAUGGACAUUUGAAGAAUGGCGUAGGCGAUUCGCGAAAGGAAAAUGAAAACCGGCUGAACACCUGUUUCGCACAUGAUAUUUUGUUUCGUGUAACGAUACAUUGAGGAAGGAAACGCGCAAUUUAAUCGCUGAAAGACGACGAGAAGGACAAUAUGAGACUAUUUUGCGCGCAGAACGACGACGAAUCGUCGACGAUGAAUUCCAAAGAUGGUUCCAGAGGGGACAGGAAGCAGGAAGUGGAUCGCUUCGGAUACUAUCAAAUGAUCAUGUUCGCGAUAAUCAGCCUGCCUCUGUUCUUGUCAGCAGGAUUCACGCUUGCCUACGUGUUUACAGCCGGGGAAGUUAAAUACAGGUGUACGGUGUCAGAAUGCGAGAAUUCAUCGAACACGCAAUUCAACGUGCCUUGGAUGAUUGAUUCCGUCCCGGAUGUAUCCGAGACGUCCAAAUGUAUCCGUUAUGUCGUACAAAAUCACACAGGGGCGUGCACAAACGAAACUUUCAGUAACGUUACCAAAAGGUGCGAUUCAUGGAUCUACGAUCCAUCCGAGAAUACGAUUCAAAGCGAGUGGGACAUUACCUGUGACACCAAUCGAUGGAAACUCACUCUUGUGGGCACGGUAAAUAACAUCGGUCAAUUCGUCGGGCUGAUCUUUGCCGGCUACAUAUCAGACAGAUAUGGAAGACGCACGAUACUGACGCUCACCACAUCCCUGAGCGGAAUCAGCGGUCUGAUACAUUCCUUCUCCGUGAAUUAUUGGAUGUUUCUCGCGUUCGAAUUUAUCGACGCGACUGUCGCGGCCGGUAUCUACAGCGCUGGAUUUAUUUUAGGGAUGGAGAUGGCAGGGGUAAGAGGCAGAGUAUUAGCCAGCACAAUUAUCUGCUGCAUGUUCGCAGUCGGUGAGAUGUUACUCGGAUUGAUAGCGAUGUGGCUUAGAUCAUGGCGAUUGAUCCUUCGCAUGGUGUACGGACCGGCAUUGCUGGCCAUCUUAUUGCCGCUCCUUAUCCCAGAAUCAGUCAGGUGGCUAUUGGCGAAUGGGAAACAGGAAAAGGUGGAGAGUAUAUAUCGAAAAAUGGCGCGUAUAAACGGGCUUCAAAUCUCGGAAGAGGCGAUCGGAGCGUUUAAAGAUUUGAACAUGGUGAAGACUGAAAAAACAGAACAAAUAGUGAUGACCGAAAAGAAGUCACCGAUUAUGCAAAUAUUGAAUAGUUCGGUGAUGCUCACUCGGUUGUUGGUGUGUUCGUUUUGCUGGUUAACGAACACUUUCGUCUAUUAUGGAUUAUCGUUGAAUUCGGUGGCUUUCGCUGGUGACAAAUACGUUAAUUUCAUAUUGGUCGCCAUCGUGGAAAUCCCGGCUUACUUUUUGACCUGGUUUCUGACCGAUUACAUCGGCCGUAAAACUACUCUCUCCUCGUCUUUUUUGCUGAGCGGAGCUUUUUGUCUGGCUAUACAAUUCGUACCUACAGAUUCAUUGAACUUUCUACCAUUGAUUCUGUACAUGGGCGGGAAAUGGUGCAUUACGAUGUCCUUCUCGACGAUUUACAUUUAUACAGCGGAACUGUUUCCCACAAACUUGAGACACUCCCUCCUUGGAAUUUGCAGCAUGACUGGCCGCAUGGGGUCAAUAUUGUCACCGCAAACUCCUCUUUUGGCACAAUUUAUGCCCGAAUUACCAUUGAUACUGUUUGGAUGUAUGGCGUUAUUCGCGGGACUGCUUUCUUUGUUCUUCCCGGAAACAUUGGGGACGAAACUUCCGGAUACGGUGUGGGAGGCAGAGAAUAUCGGCAAAGAGCAGCAGAAGCAGGAAUUACAGGAUUUGCCGUCUUAAGAAUGGACGAAUAUAUCGGGACGAGUUAUAAAUCCGACACGAAAAAACGUAUAAAAAUGGAAGAAAGAAGGAGAAAAAGAAAAAAACCAACGAGACAUAAAAGAGACGAGAAUUAAGAAGAAAUCAAAUUGAGAAAAAAUGAAAGAAGCAAAAGAAACGUAACAUUGCAGCAAUGGCUUUCAAAAGUUUCCCUUUCUUCCGGCAUGAAAACUAUCGACCGUGACUAUUCGCUUCGCGGUUUGAAAGCUCGCGAGAGGCAGAAAAAGAGAGAGAGAGAGAGAGAGAGAGAGAGAAAUGAAACAUGCGGUAAAACUCCGGAAGUGAAGGGAGCUUAAGCAUACUUCUAUAUAUGUAUGUAUAAUACCUACAGAAUAUUUGCUUGCCUUUGAAAUUGACAUAGUUCAAUCGCGAUCAAUUUGCCAUAAAAUCGACUAGUUACAAAGAGUCGACGAGUCAUCGAUUGUAGAGGAAAUGAUAGAGGAGAAUGAAAAAGUUUACCCCGAGGGAAAAUUGGCAUCAUAUUGGUAAAGAAAGUUCGAAAAAUUGAAAGGUCGGAAAAAUUUGAAACAUUAUGGAAAUUUAAUUCAAGAGAUGAUUUUUUGUUCUGGUAAAAAGAUGAAAUUAACUCUCAAAAAAAAAAAAUUCUUGUGAAUAGUUAUAAAUUGUAUAAGAUAUGUUCAAAAUAUAUGAUAUAUCUUUUUAUUUUGAUAA